AUGGAUGCAACACCCCAAUUUUUCAUGGAGUAUCAAGGAGCUGGUCCUAGUAAUCCUUCGAUGCCUCCAAGACCAAAUUUUCCACCGGGUUACCCUCCUCAAGCACCACAACAAAGACCACAACAACAAACAAUGCAAUCUAGCUCUCUUGGGAACAUGUUGAAGGAAUAUAUAGUGAAGAAUGAAGCCAUAAUUCAGAGCCAAGCGUCUUCAUUGAGGAACUUAGAAAACCAAGUUGGGCAACUAGCUAAUGAGCUUAGAAAUAGACCCCACGGUACACUGCCAAGUGAUUCUGAGAAUCCAAGGAGUAUGGGGAAGGAAUAUUGUAAAGCUGUCACUUUGAGGAGUGGAAAAGAGUUGGAGAAGGACAAGACCGAGUCUGGGCAUGAGGGUGAGCCCUCUUCAAUCCAAAUAAAUGAGGAAUUCCAAAAAGAUGCUAAACUUCCUAGUGCACAAAAAUCUUCCUCUGCCCAGAAUGUUGCAGGGAUGCCGCAGCAUUGUCAACCAGCAAGCUUAAUUUCAAAGAAGCCACCUCCAUUUCCUCAACGUUUUCAGAAGCAAAAGUUGGAUUCUCAAUUCAAGAAGUUUCUAGAUAUGUUGAAGCAGUUGCAUAUCGACAUCCCACUGGUAGAGGCACUUGAGCAAAUGCCUAACUAUGUAAAAUUCAUGAAAGAUAUUCUUACAAGGAAGAGAAGGUUAGGAGAAUUUGAGACAGUGGCUCUUACCAAGGAAUCUAGCUCAUUCUUGCAAAACAAGCAGCCACCGAAGAUGAAAGAUCCUGGGAGUUUCACCAUUCCAUGUACCAUUGGUAAUUCUUAUUGUAGCAUGGCAUUAUGUGACUUGGGUGCCAGUAUAAAUCUGAUGCCUAUAUGGGAAGUUGAGGAUGUCUUGGUAAAAGUUGAUAAGUUCAUUUUCCCAGUUGAUUUCAUUGUGUUGGAUUAUGAGGCAGACAGGGAGGUACCAAUCAUUCUAGGGAGGCCUUUUCUAGCUACUGGUAGAACUUUGAUUGAUGUGCAAAAGGGUAAACUUACUAUGAGGGUUCAAGAUGAGCAGGUGACUUUCAAUGUUUUCAAGGCUAUGAGAUUUCCAGAUGAGGUUGAAGAGUGUUCUAUGGUUUCAGUGGUAGAUUCUUUGGCUUCAAAGGAAUUAGAAAAAAAAAAUUGA